AUGGCUCUUGUUAGCAACCAGUUGCAAUCAUUUGAGCAUUUUCCCAAAUUUAAUUUUGUUAUUUAAUACAUUUUUUCCAAUUAGUUAAUCAUCCUUUAAUUUUCUUAAUCAUGGCCGACACUGAUGCAAAAAUGGAAGAUCUUGAAAUGGUCGGAGAAGAUGUCAUGAAGAUGUCAAAUGAUGAUAUUAUUAGUCGAACUCGUUUGUUAGACAAUGAAAUCAAAAUUAUGAGGAGUGAAGUUAUGAGGAUCAGCCAUGAACUUCAAUCACAAAAGGAGAAAAUCAAAGAAAACACUGAAAAAAUUAAGGUGAACAAAACUUUGCCUUAUUUAGUUUCCAGUGUCAUCGAACUUUUGGAUUCUGAAGAGCAACAGGAAGAAGACGGAGGACAUAUUGAUCUAGACUCUCAAAGGAAAGGCAAAUCUGCUGUGAUAAAAACAUCGACUAGACAAACUUAUUUUCUUCCUGUCAUUGGUUUGGUUGAACCUGAAAAAUUAAAACCCGGAGAUUUAGUUGGAGUGAACAAAGAUUCUUAUCUGGUUUUAGAGACUUUACCAGCUGAAUACGACUCAAGGGUUAAAGCGAUGGAAGUCGACGAGCGUCCAACAGAACAAUAUAAUGAUAUCGGAGGUUUAGAUAAACAAAUCCAAGAACUUAUCGAAGCUGUUGUCUUGCCAAUGACUCACAAAGAAAAAUUCGAGAACAUCGGUAUCCAGCCACCUAAAGGUGUUUUACUUUACGGUCCUCCCGGUACUGGUAAAACUUUAAUGGCUCGUGCUUGUGCAGCACAAACAAAAUCAACUUUCCUUAAACUGGCGGGUCCACAAUUAGUUCAGAUGUUCAUUGGUGAUGGAGCCAAGCUUGUUCGAGAUGCUUUCGCUUUAGCUAAAGAGAAAGCUCCAGCUAUUAUUUUCAUAGAUGAGCUUGACGCUAUUGGUACCAAGAGAUUUGACAGUGAAAAAGCUGGUGAUCGUGAAGUGCAGCGAACUAUGUUGGAACUACUUAACCAGCUUGACGGAUUUAGUUCUCAAUCUGAUAUAAAGGUUAUAGCUGCUACAAACAGAGUAGACAUUCUUGAUCCAGCCUUACUUCGAUCCGGUCGUUUGGAUAGAAAAAUCGAAUUCCCUCAUCCCAAUGAGGAGGCUCGAUCUCGCAUAAUGCAAAUUCAUUCCAGGCGAAUGAAUGUUCAUCAUGAAGUUAAUUUUGAAGAAUUAGCCCGCUGUACGGACGAUUUUAAUGGUGCCCAGUGUAAAGCAGUUUGCGUUGAGGCUGGUAUGAUUGCUUUACGUCGUAAUGCAUCUAUAGUAAUCCAUGAAGAUUUUAUGGACGCUAUUUUGGAAGUACAGGCUAAAAAGAAGACAAAUCUCAACUAUUACGCCUAAUUAUAUAUUCAAUUAAAAAGUCAUUGUAAAUGAUUUAGAAUGGUUUCAUUAAAAAUCCUUGUUUAUAAUGAUUGUCUAA